AACACCCCCUCAUAGAAAGGCUAUAUAAAUGUGAGAAAGAAGAAGUCUGGCUUUUGGCUUGGGGUUAGAUCAUUUGGGCAAUGGAGGUAGGGUAAAGAAGACCGUGAAACGAAAUUGAAACUGCAAAUAUGGCAUGCAAUUGUGGUCCACCCAAUUGCUCUUCCUCAGCUUCUUUUAAGAGCCAUUCUAGGCUUCUAACUUCCAAGGCUCUCUCUGCCUGUCCUGGCUACCCAUCAAGAAGUCAUGGAAUCAGCCAGUGCCAAGCUAAGGCCUAUCCACCUAAUGCCUGCCAUCCAAUUCCCUAUCGCUCUCCCAUCUACCUGCUGAACAAUUUCAGGGUAUCCUCUGGUGAAGCAAGCUGUGGUUGGUCUGUCGAGGGCAGCUUUGAUUCCAAUGAGAAAGAGACCAUGCAGAUGCUGAAUCAGCGCCUGGCUAGCUACCUGGAGAAAGUGAGACGUCUGGAGCAAGAGAACGCCUCCCUAGAGUGCAGGAUCCGAGAGCAGCAUGAAAGGCAGACCCCUGUCCUGUGUCCCGAUUACCUGUCUUACUUCAAGAUCAUAGAAGAGCUUCAACAGAAGAUCUUGUGCACCAAAGCUGAGAAUUCCAGGCUGGUCUCCCAAAUAGACAACACUAAAGUGGCUGCUGAUGACUUCAGAGCAAAGUAUGAAACUGAAGUGUCCCAGCGGCAACUGGUGGAAGCUGACACCAACAGCCUCCAUCAAAUCCUGAAUGCACUGACCUUGUGCAAGGCUGACUUGGAGGGACGAGUCGAAUCUCUGAAAGAGGAACUCCUCGAGCUCAAACACAACCAUGAAGAGGAAGUGAAUUCAUUACAGUGUCAACUUGGUGACAGACUCAACAUAGAAAUAAAUGCUGCCCCUUCUGUUGACCUGAACCAGGCACUGCAAAAAAUGAGGUGCAAAUAUGAGUCUUUGGUUGAGUCUAACCGCAGAGAUGUUGAAGAAUGGUUCAACACACAGUUGCAGGAACUGAGCCAGCAGGUGGUAUCCAGCUCAGAACAGCAGCAAGGCUUCCAGAAGGAGAUCCUUGAUCUGAGGCAUAACAUCAGUGCUCUGGAGAUCGAGCUGCAGGCCCAGCACAGCCUGAGAACUUCUCAGGAAUGCAUCCUGACUGAAACAGAGGGCCGCUAUGCAAUCCAGCUAGCACAGAUCCAGUGCCUGAUUGAGACCGUGGAAUCCCAGCUAGCUGAGAUCCGAUGUACCCUGGAGAGGCAAAAUCAAGAGUAUCAGGUCCUGCUGGAUGUGAAAUCCAAGCUGGAAUGUGAGAUUGCCACAUAUCGACAUCUUCUGGAGAACACUGACUGCAAGCUUCCCUGCAAUCCAUGUGCCUUGGAAUGUAAGCCUUCACCUCAUAGGCCCUGCAAAGCCCAGGACACAGAACGCAUGGUCCCAGUUUAUGUUCCAUGCAAGCUGUGCAGCCUCUAUGCCCCUUCGGUUUGCAAUCUCUGCUCAACCCUACCCGGAAUCUUGGCCAGAAUCUAUACCCUCACCCAGGAGGUUCAGGAUGGGAAGGUCAUUUCUUCCCGAGAGCAUGUACAACCUCGUUUCAUCCCUCGCCUCCAAGUCCAUUGUGCCAAGGGAGACAAAGGAGUCAGCUGAAUGAAUGAGGAGAUGCUCCAUAUCGCAUUCAUGAUCUUUCAAAAACACCAUUUUCUCUAUCUCUGUAAAGGUAUUCCAUUUAUUACUCUGUUUCCAUUACACAUUUUAGAUUCUCCUAUUCACCAUAAACAAAGAGUAUCAUAGAUUUAGGUAAUAUCAUAGGUUAGAACUUAGAUAAUAUCUAGGCAACAUUCUUUUUGCAUUUUGCAGAGGAAGUGUCAGAGACCCAGAAAGCAUGUUAUCUGCCCCAAGUCCCUCCAUUCAACUCAAAAAGCAUUUAUUAAGCAUUUACUAUAUGCUAAAAACAGUGCUAGAUGGGAAAGUACAAAGACAAAAAUAAACACAAUUAUAAUGAUGAUAAUACCCAGUAUUUAGAUAUUAUUUUAAGACUUGCAAAUCCAUACAACAACUCUGGUGUGGUAGCGCAGGAUGCCUUGCACAUCGUAGGUGCUUAACCUUUGUUGGACAGACAAGUGGCAAUAGAGAGAGUACCACACCUGGAGUCAGAAAGACUCAUCUUCCUGAGUUCAAAUCUGACCUCAGACAUUUCCUAACUGCAUGACUCUAGCAAGUCACUUAACUCUGUUUGUCUCAUUUUCCUCAUCUGUAAAAUAAGCUGGAAAAGGAAAUGGCAAAACACUCUAGUAUCUUUGCCAAGUAAACCCCAAAUGGGGCCAUGAAGAGUUGGACACAACUAAAAACAAAUCACUAAAUGAUGACAAAAUAAUGACAAUUAACAAAUAUUUCUGAAUUAAAUUGAAAUUUCUGAAUUCUGAUCUAUCUCUGUUAUCUGACACAGCUGGGAAAUAGGGCGUUCAGGUUACUACAAGAUUCUGACUGAGAAUAAUCAUAAUAAUAUUAAUGUUAUGUUCUAUACAGCACCUACAUCAAUUAGUCAAGAAACAUCAUUGUUGUUCAGUUAUUUCAGAACAACAAUAUUUGUUGAUUGACUGAUGCAGGUAUUAUUACUAAGCCCAUUUUACAGUUGAGGAAACUGAAAAACAAAGAAGUUUUAGUAACUUGUCCAGGAUCUCACUAUUUAGUAUCUAAGGCAGGAUUUUAUCUGACUUCAAGUACUUCUGCCUAUCCACUCUGCUGCCUAGUUGUCCCAGAGUCCCUGCCCUGAAAAAACCUGUUGUAGUUGCAAAAGAACAUGGAAUUUAGAGUCAGAGUAUGUGGUUAUAAAUCCUGGCUCAGGUAAUUGCUACCUAUAGGACCUUGAACAAGUCAUUUCCUGUCUCUCAGCUAUAAAAGCUGCCUACAAUAUUAAUAAACACACACUAUAUGCACAGCCAAUUGUGGGGAGGGUUUGGAAAGCACAUAGGUAAUAAGUAUCAAAGCUCAGAAAUAGAGACAGGUCAUCUGAUUCUCAAUCUGUCAAAUGACCUCAAGCCUCUUUAUGAUUCUCCUAAUAAAUCAUACU